AUGUGUAUCGUCGAUUUGGACGCAAGCCGAAUACCUGUAUACGGACCAACUCUCCAGGCUCCUUUCUUGGACUAUCUACAACGUCAGAAAGCCAAGCUGCAUAACUGGACGCCUUCCGGUCGCCAAACUUGGUUACAAUCUGUGAUAUUCUGCAUAGUCUUGACCUGUAUCAUAUCGUUCGUCGUAUCUAUCAUCCAUGCCUUUGCCAAGAACUACCAGCGUCGUCUUCGAGAGUGGCAAGAAACGGCUGACCGCGAGAUGCAAAAUCUCUAA